AUCAGAUUCUUGUAGAAUGAGGUUCUCUUCUUCCCCACACAGGAAAAGAAAUAACUUUUGUGGAGUUGACUCUUGAGAAAUGUUUGUUUAUUCAUUUUUAUCCAGAAAACAACAAGAGUUAGAGCCUCGUUGGGUGCAUUCUGACUCACUCCUUAUAUAUUUUAAACAUGGAUCAGAAUUCUGAAGGUCUGCUCGAUAGAGCGAGAUUCCUAGACUUCUGAUGGAGCGAACAGCGACUAUUCACCUUCCCUUUUAUCUCUGCCUCUGGUAUGUAGUGAAUGAUCAGCUUUGGCACAUGCAAAUUUCCAAAAUUCUUUUAGUGAAUGAUCUUUGGUAAAAAAUCUCAUGUUGAUACCAUAGUCACUCUGCUCUUAAAUAAGAAAGCAGAUACAUAUGUUUGUGGAUGUUCUAUUUUAGUCUUAAAGCUCUUUGAGCAUCUCUCUAAAGUGAGUUUGACUUUCAUGAGACCUAAGCCCUGUUUAAUAAUAUUUGCAAGGAUAAUUCCUUACUUUAAGUUGAAAGAAAAGAUCUGAUUCCUCACCACUAUUUCUUGGGGUAUUUAUUUCUUUUAUUGGCAACUUUCUCCUCUUGUCUCUCCUGUCUAAUCGUAUAAUCAUGUAUAUAUAUAGACUUCACUACAGAAACAGUUCUAAUAAGAGUCCCAACAUCCAAUAGUGUCAUUUUUAGUCUGUAGAUAUCAAUGAGGCUUGAUUUAUCUGCCAAGCUUCGGCAAGUUCUUGGCCUCGCCAAGGAUCAUGCAUCUAUUGGCAGAGCUAUUGUACAAAACUACAAUGAAAAAGCGUUUUUUGACAUUGAAGUGGCAGUGGUUCGAGCCACCAGCCAUGAUGAUUGUCCUGUUGAUGACAAAACCAUGCACGAGAUACUGUUUCUUGUCUCCAACACUCCGGGCUCCAUUCCUUUUCUUGCUGAGCAGGUCUCACGCCGUCUAGCCAAGACGAGAGAUUGCUUAGUCGCCGGUAAAACUCUGUUACUCUUCCACCGUCUCUUGCGUGGUAGCAGUCGAAGUAUCGAGCAGCAAUUGCAUAUUGCACACACCUCUGGUCAUCUCCAAAUAGGUUGCUGCUGGUUCAUGAUGAGCUCAGAUCCUCCAUCCUUUGUUUUUCUGCAGAACUAUGUAGCUUAUCUCCAAGAAAGAGUUGGAUGGAUCAUCAACCAAGCUGGUAAGCUCGAACCUGUUAUGUCUGGUGGUACAAAAUUUAGCCGUUACAAAGAGAAGUCCAUGGAUCUGGUGUUCCACAUCUUACCGAAGUGCCAGGAGUUCAUUGCACAUGUGUUGAAGUGUUCACCAGUUAAUAAUGCCUGGCCUAUCGAUAACCUGGUUCAAGCAGCUACAGGCAACAUCUUGAAAGAGAGUUUCCAAGUCUACAUGACGUAUUCCGAUGGGAUAGCCGCACUGGUUAACAUGCUCUUUGAUCUCUCAAGACCCGCAAGAGAUUUAGCUUGCGGAAUGUUGAAGAAAGCUUCUCAGCAGAUUCAAGAUCUCCGCGUACUAUAUGAAAAGUGUAGAGGAUUCCCCGGUAUGAAAAGCUUGGACUAUCCAUCUGUGCAAGCCAUUACAAUGGAUCAUAUCAUAGCACUAGAGGAAUGCUCAAGCUAUGGAGGCAAAAGAAAUUUCUCUGUCUCCACCAACCUAAGUGAUCCAAUCACUUGCGAUGAACGAAAACAAGAAAACCAUUGCACGGAUUUUUCAUCGACUAGUCUUUUCUUAUUUCCAGCGGAGACCAAAAUCAGUAUGGUUUGGGUUGUUUUUGACAGUGAAGAUAGUGAAGAAUCAGACAAGCUAGAAGAGAAAGCAUAAGAAUGUUGAUCAUUCAUAUUUUCAACAGGGAGUACAAGAAAGUUGCAGAAGGCAGAGGUAGAGGUCAUUGAUCAGAAGGCAGGUCUUUUAUUCAUGUUCCAAUUAGAGAAACAAUUAUAUAAAUACUAUUGUUAUCAAUUUACAUAAUAGCAACAUAUACAUGGGUUCUCCGGGUUUUAUAUGAUGAUUUUGUGCA